ACUCUGCAUAAGUGUUAGUGACUAAGCGGUAUCCAAAAAUUUGUGAAAAUUAAUUAAAAACCAUAUAAUAUAACGAAUUUCUUAAUCAAAAACACCAAAAUCCUUUAAAUAAAACAUCCUUGUAAUAGGAUAAAGUGAAGAAUAUUUGAUCUCAUGUCUAAUAGUGACGAAUACGAAGAAAAAUUUGGAGGUGAAGAUGAUAGCGGUCCAAUUGAUGAAACUUUAGUUUCUGGCGACGACGAAACUCCUAAAAACGUGAAUAACGAUGAAGACGAUGACUACGAACCUGAAGAUCGCAAACGCAAGAAAGGUAAAAAGCGCAAAGUUCGAAGUGAAGAGAAAUCGAAAGCUCGGAAGAAAAAGAAGCGAAAGAAAAAUGAAUCUGAAGAGGAGCUGGAAGAGGAAGAUCGAGCUUGUGAUUCAGAUGAAUAUUCAUCCAGCAAACGUGGGCGAAAGAAGAAGGAAAAGGAAGAGAAAAAAGCUCAACCACCACCAACAACGCCAACCGCUCCGUCUUCAAAUCAAGGCGAAUCAAACAUGCCAACUAUCGAAGAAGUUUGCAGCACUUUUGAUUUAACUGAUGUUCCAAUCGAAUAUUCCGAUGCUGACUUUCAAAAUCUCUUAACGUAUAAAAUGUUCCAACAACAUGUCAGGCCGAUUUUACAGAAAGAAAAUCCACGCGUUCCAAUGUCAAAGCUCAUGAUGCUUGUAGCUGCUAAAUGGAGAGAAUUCUCAGAUAUAAAUCCACACAUGCAGCAAGAGGAGGAAGAAGUCGAGAAGGAGGAAGAAGUCGACGAACCUCCACAAUCUCCCGAAUAUCAACCAAAAGAAUCAAAAUCACGAUCAAGUAAGAAAACUGUGAGAAUUGCUGAAGAAGCUUUCGAAGACGAAGAGGAGGAAGAAGAAAUCAAAACAAAGUCUAAGAAGCGAGGUCGAAGUGGCAAUGGACAAACAAAGAAAGGUCGCAAACCAAAAGUACCAACAUUAAAGAUCAAAUUUGGUAAACGUCGCAAUGCAAGCUCUGAAGAUGAUCAAGAUGAAUCAGCUGCCGGAUCUGAAAGAGAAUCUGACAUUGAAUUUGAGAAAAUGUUACAGCAAACUGAUGACAAAGAAGACGAGGAACAACUGCCAGUCGAAAAAGACGAUCCUGAUGCUGAACCAGCUGUUCGAAAGAAAGCCAAAACAAAGAUUGGAAAUAAAUCGAAACGUAAGAAGUCAAAACGUUCAAAUCUUCCUGAAGAUGACAUCGAACAUCAAGAUUACUGCGAAGCUUGUCAACAAGGUGGUGAAAUUAUCUUAUGCGACACAUGCCCGAAAGCUUAUCAUUUGGUUUGCUUAGAUCCGGAACUUGAAGAAGCUCCCGAAGGCAAAUGGAGUUGCCCAACAUGCGAAGCUGAAGGUCCUGGCGGGAUUGAACAAGAUGACGACGAACAUCAAGAAUUCUGUCGUGUUUGUAAAGAUGGCGGUGAAUUAUUAUGUUGCGAUUCAUGUCCAUCAGCUUAUCACACUUUCUGCUUGGAUCCACCGUUGAGUGAAAUUCCUGACGGUGAUUGGCGAUGUCCACGAUGCGGUUGUCCACCACUUCUUGGAAAAGUAGCGAAAAUCUUAACAUGGCGUUGGUCAGAUCCAAUCCCAGAAGAUCCAAACAAUCCAACAGCGUCAACAUCGAAGGCACAACCAGUUCAACAACGAACACGAGAAUAUUUCAUUAAAUGGAAAGAUCGAAGCUAUUGGCAUUGCAGUUGGAUUAGCGAACUUCAACUUGAUGUCUUUCAUCCACUCAUGUUUCGUUAUUACACGCGUAAAUAUGACAUGGAAGAGCCGCCGCGUUUUGAGGAGCAACUUGAUGAACAAGACUCGCGAUUUAAACGACUUAAACGUCAUCGUGGGGCUCAUGGCGAUGUCGAAGAUGAUAGCAAAAGUUUAGAAGAGAAAUUCUAUCGUUAUGGCAUUAAACCUGAAUGGUUGGUCGUCCAUCGUGUGAUCAAUCAUCGAUCAAUGCGUGAUGGACGAACUUUGUAUCUGGUUAAAUGGCGUGAACUUCCAUACGAUCAAUCAACAUGGGAAGAUGAAUCUGAUGACAUUCCAGGAUUAAAGACAGCGGUUGAAUAUUAUCUUGAUUUAAGAGCCAACACGAUGGAUCCAAUUGCAGCGAAAAAGGGGAAGAAGAAGGGACGACGUCGUACGAAAGAUUUGGACGAUGAUGACAAAGGAUUCGUCACGAAACGUUUCAAUCCACCGCCAGAAAAGCCAACAACUGAAUUGAGAAAGAAAUAUGAAAUUCAACCAGAUUAUUUCAAUGAGAAUGGAAUGCAACUUCACAAUUAUCAGUUGGAAGGAAUAAAUUGGUUGAGAUAUUCGUGGGCGAAUGGCACAGACACGAUUCUUGCUGAUGAGAUGGGACUUGGAAAAACAAUUCAAACUGCAACGUUUCUUUACUCUUUGUACAAGGAAGGACAUUGUUCGGGCCCGUUUUUAAUCGCUGUUCCUUUAUCAACGAUUGUCAAUUGGGAGCGUGAAUUUGAAUUAUGGGCGCCGGACUUCUACUGCGUCACUUACGUUGGUGAUAAAGAAGCACGCGCUGUAAUUCGUGAAAAUGAAUUAAGUUUUGAAGAAGGUGCUGGUGGUAAACGAACAACAAAGAUAAAAAGUAAUACAAUUAAAUUUAAUGUGUUAUUAACAAGCUACGAGUUAGUGUCGAUUGAUUCAGCGUGCUUAUCGUCAAUUGAUUGGAAGAUUUUAGUGGUUGAUGAAGCGCAUCGAUUGAAAUCAAAUCAAUCGAAAUUCUUUAAAUAUUUGGCAAGUUACAGUAUUGAUCACAAAUUAUUAUUGACUGGAACGCCGCUACAAAAUAAUCUCGAAGAACUUUUCCAUUUAUUGAAUUUCUUAAGUAAAGAUAAGUUUAAUGAUCUCGCAGUCUUUCAAAGUGAAUUUGCUGACAUAUCAAAAGAAGAACAAGUACAGAAGCUUCACGACAUGCUUGGCCCGCACAUGUUGCGUCGAUUAAAAGCUGAUGUGCUGAGAAAUAUGCCAUCGAAAAGUGAAUUCAUUGUUCGUGUUGAGUUGUCACCAUUGCAGAAGAAAUAUUACAAAUUCAUUUUGACGAGAAAUUACGAAGCUUUGAAUCCCAAAUCGGGCGGUGGAGCGUGUUCAUUACUCAAUAUUAUGAUGGAUCUAAAGAAAUGUUGCAAUCAUCCUUAUUUGUUUCCAGCAGCAUCUGAAGAAGCUCCACUUGGACCAGGUGGAAAUUACGAAAUUAAUGCAUUGACGAAAGCAGCUGGAAAGUUGGUUUUGUUGUCGAAAAUGAUGAGAAUAUUGAAAAACCAAGGACAUCGUGUGUUGAUCUUCUCACAGAUGACAAGAAUGCUUGACAUUCUUGAAGACUUUCUUGAAGGUGAAGGCUACAAAUAUGAAAGAAUUGAUGGCGGCAUUACCGGACAAUUGCGACAAGAAGCAAUCGAUCGAUUCAAUGCACCAGGCGCACAACAGUUUGCAUUCUUACUCUCAACACGUGCUGGUGGUUUGGGAAUAAAUCUUGCAACAGCUGACACUGUCAUCAUUUAUGAUUCUGAUUGGAAUCCCCACAAUGACAUUCAAGCAUUCUCGCGUGCACAUCGAAUUGGACAAGCAAACAAAGUCAUGAUUUAUCGUUUUGUCACGAGAAAUUCUGUUGAAGAGCGUGUAACGCAAGUUGCCAAACGGAAAAUGAUGUUGACGCAUUUGGUUGUAAGACCAGGAAUGGGUGGCAAAGGCACAAACUUCACGAAACAAGAACUUGACGAUAUUCUUCGUUUUGGAACUGAAGAACUGUUCAAAGAAGACGAAGGGAAGGAGGAAGAAGCAAUUCAUUAUGAUGACAAAGCUGUUCGUGAAUUAUUAGAUCGAUCAAAAGGUGGAAUUGAAGAGAAGGAAAAUUGGGCGAAUGAAUAUUUGUCAAGUUUUAAAGUUGCAAGUUACAGCACAAAAGAAGAGGAAGAAGAAGAAACUGAAAUUAUUAAGCAAGAAGCUGAAAACUCUGAUCCCGCUUAUUGGAUUAAAUUACUUCGUCAUCAUUACGAGCAACAUCAAGAAGACGCCAGUCGGUCACUUGGUAAAGGAAAGCGUGUUCGUAAACAAGUUAAUUAUACUGAUGGUGCUGUUGUGUCAAAUGAAUCACGUGAAGAUCAAACAUGGCAAGAGAAUGUUUCGGAUUACAACAAUUCUGAUUACAGUGGCUAUUCAGAUGAAGAGAAAGAAGAAGACGAUGAAGAUAACAGCGAGUUUGGCAAACGUGGUCGUCGUCGAAUUGAACGAAAAGAUGAUAAAGAUCGUCCAUUGCCGCCGUUGCUUGCUCGUGUUGGUGGAAAUAUUGAAGUUCUUGGCUUUAAUUCACGACAAAGAAAGAGUUUUCUUAAUUCAAUUAUGCGGUUUGGAAUGCCACCACAAGACAGUUCCAACAAUGUUUGGUUGGUGAGAGAACUUCGUGGAAAGUCUGAUCGACAUUUUCGUGCUUAUGUCAAUCUUUUCAUGCGACAUUUAUGUGAACCCGGGGCUGAUAAUGCUGAGACAUUUGCUGAUGGUGUUCCACGUGAAGGUUUAAGUCGUCAACAUGUGUUGACCAGAAUUGGCGUCAUGUCGUUGAUACGAAAGAAAGUUCUUGAAUUUGAACACAUCAAUGGAUAUUAUUCGAUGCCUGAGUUGAUUAAAAAGCCUUUUGAUCCAUCAGUGAAACCAGAAGAAGGAAAAAUUGAUGAAGAGAAUUCAAAGAGUGCGACAACGAGUACAGCACCUUCACCAGCUCCAUCAAAUGAUAAGUCGGAUGAAAAGGAACGUGAAACUGAUGAGAAGAAAGCUGAUGUCGAAGAGGUUGCAACUGAAAAAUCGGACACACCUGAUGAUGAUAAUAAAACAAAAGAAUCAACACCAGAAGGCUCAAUAAAAGAUGAAGUUAAGAAGGAAGAAUCGAAUGCUUCUGAUAGCACUGACAAGAAGGUUGACGACGAUGAUGAUGACGUUGUUUUAGUGAAAGAUUACAAUGAAGAUUCAAAGGAAAAAGUUAAAGAUCAACUGGAAGUGUACAAACGUCAAUUUAUGUUCAACAUCGCGGAUGGUGGAUUCACUGAACUUCAUACUUUGUGGAUUAACGAAGAGAAAGCUGCUUUUCCAGGACGUGAAUAUGAAAUUUGGCAUCGUCGUCAUGAUUACUGGUUGCUUGCUGGAAUAGUUACGCACGGUUAUGGACGUUGGCAAGACAUUCAAAAUGACAUUCGAUUUGCAAUCAUCAAUGAACCUUUCAAGAUGGACAUCAACAAAGGAAACUUCCUUGAAAUUAAAAAUAAAUUCUUAGCAAGACGUUUCAAGCUUUUAGAGCAAGCAUUGGUGAUUGAAGAACAAUUGCGGCGUGCUGCUUAUUUGAAUUUGACACAAGACCCAACACAUCCAGCAAUGAGUUUAAAUGCGCGAUUUGCUGAAGUUGAAUGUUUAGCUGAAUCGCAUCAACAUUUGAGUAAAGAAAGUUUGGCUGGCAACAAACCAGCAAAUGCUGUUCUUCAUAAAGUUUUGAAUCAAUUAGAGGAACUUCUCUCGGAUAUGAAGAGUGAUGUCGCAAGAUUGCCAGCUACAUUGGCACGCAUUCCACCAGUUGCACAACGUUUGCAACUUAGUGAACGUUCAAUUCUAUCGAGAUUAGCAACAACCAGCAGCACAACUUCAUCUGCUGUAUCAAACUUAAUGAAUUUCCCUGCUGGUUUUGCAAGCACUUCAUUUGCCGGGUUCUCUCCAGCUGCUGUCGCUGCAAAUUUACAACAUUUCCGACCGAACUUCAUAGUUCCGGGAUCAUCAUCGGGUCAAAAUAACAAUUAAAUUUAAGGUCAACAAUCGUUUUGCACUUUUCGUAUGAGGAUUUUCAUUCCUUGGAUCUGACACCCACUGAUUGAUUUAACUUCAUAUCUUUUUUAUUUUUUCAUUUUCAAAUAUAAUAAAAUUAACAUUUUGUGGCACAUUUAACGAGAAUUUAAGACAAGACUUAGAAUUAGAAAUUUCAAGAAUUUUCAUCAAGAAGUAAAACUGUAAGUAGUUGAAAAAUGUCGAAUGAUUCCAGUCGUUCAGUUUUGUGCACAAUUACUGCAGUAAAAAGUAAAUCUAAUCAACAUAUAAACAUAAAUUUCUUAGAUGAUAUUAAAAUGAAAUCUUUUUUAAGAGUUGAUGGCUUCAAAUUUUCUUUUUCUUCUUUGUAAGAACUUAAAUUGCUUUCAAAUAAAAGAAUCAGACGAGAAAAAGAAAUUAAAAUCCUUUUUUCUCUUGAUAAUUUUCCUGUGAAGCAUUGUAAGAAGGUGGAAGUUCAGAGUUAGAUGGUUGAAUGUUGAUUUGUGAUUGUGGUUGCGGUUGUGAUGAGAAAUUAAAUACUGGAUACAUUGGACUGAACGGUUGAUCUUCAGUCAAAGCUUCACCAUUAUUGGAAUCUUUCUUUGUUGACCCUCCAAUAGCUUCUUGAUAUGACGGUGGUGGCAAAUCAAAUGGCGCCGAUGGCUGCAAAGCAUCAAAUUCUGGUGCAGAAGGUUGAGCAUUUGAAGUGCUUGGAAGGGGAAGAGCAGCAGCAGCAGCCGCACCAGCAUUCCAACCUAAUCGAGGUUGUGUGUAGAUGGAGUUUUGUAGUGGCACCGUUCCGAUGGUGAUUGGAAAUCUCAAUCCUGGGCUUCGAUGAAUUCCACCAAUUUUCGCUUUGAUACGAAUUUC